AGACUCAUGCUGCUUUUAGUUGUUUACCUUAGAAAUGUAACCAAAGAGUAAACUUCUAACAUCAACAAAUCUUAUAAACAAAGCUCAAAUUGCGUUCUUAUCUUUACAGUUCUUGUUUUAAACAUAAUCAUUAAUUUUAAUCCUAAAUAUAUGUGUAACAAUGUCUCAAAUCAAAGAAUUAGUGUCAAUAGAAUAUCCAGGAAUAGUCAAAAAUCUGGAUAAAAUGAUGGAAACAAUUGGCGGAACCGAACAGCUGAUCAAAACAUUCAAAAAAUCAGGCUCCAGGCUCGAAUUGUCUCCUCGACCUGACUUGUUCAGCCAUCCCAUUUUGGGUGACAAAGUUCCUACUAAUAAUCUGUUGGUUAAAUGUAUUGAAACAACUGUAACUGACGAACAGGGGAAUGUCAAGAAAAUUUAUGAGACUCAGAUUGUUGGUUUUAUUAGCGUUUCUUACAAAUUCAAAGCUUUAGCCGAUUUCCAGUAUUUACCCAUGGAAAAGGUUUCAUCUGAUUCUGAUAGACCGAAAUACAAAUCUCGUUAUGCUGAUAUUGUACCUCAGGAUCCAUUCUCAUCUCUAUCAAGUUUUAAUCCAGAAGCACCUUUACUAAUUUUACCAACUAUUUUUAGUAGGUUUGAUUUACCUACAGAAUAUUACUUUAAAGACGAUCCUGUGCAUCGGAACGAGCUUAUGAACAAAGUUGGUGAAACACAUCAAGCUCGGUCAAUCAUCGGUCUAACUCGUAAACCUAGAUCUAUUCUUGCCAUGUUGAUUAAUUGGGAUGAAGAGAUUCCAAUGGAACCAAAUCCUGUGCUUAUCAAGAAUGCUGGAUCCAUAAAAAAUGCAAAUUUACUUGAGGAUCUUAAAAAGUUAUUUGAAAACCGUCCAAUUUGGUCAAGAAAUGCUCUAUUGUACAAACUAAAAUGUGGUCGUGAUGAGUUGAAGAUCUUACUACCAUGUGUUGCCUUUUAUUAUCCAAAUGGUCCCUUUAGAUGUCAGUGGGUCAGGUAUGGUUUUGACCCUCGUAAAAACAAGUCUUGUAAAAUUUAUCAAACUCUUGAUUUUCGUGUUAAACAAGCCUAUAUAAAAAAGGAUAGUUCCGAUAAAAUAAUGCCAAAAAGAAGUAUCUACGAAUAUGCUAUGCCAUUAUUGAAAAGAGAACCUUUUAAAAAAGCUCAAGAAUCUCAAGGAUCUGUUAUUCAGUCAACAAUAUUUUUACCAGCACCAGGACCAUCUACAUACAUCGUUUGUGGCUCAAUAUCUUCUUCAACGUUUACUGGCCACUUUUACCUUUCGACCCGGUAUCUUACCUUCCUGUAGACAGUGUCACUAUCAAUUACGUGAGAUUCACGUCCCUGCUGUACAAAAGUUAGUUCAUGCUAACGAUGGAACAGAGCCUGAUGUUUGCCAUGACAAAGAUGGAUGGUGUUCUGAAGGAGUCAUUGAUCAGAUUAGAGGUAUUCUCUCUCAAAUGACCGAUGAAAUGCUGAAAGAAUCCCAAGUUGAAGAGCAAGAUAUUUUGAAUAACUACAGUGCUGAUGAUUAUUCCGAUCCAGGUUUGUCUGACGAAGAUGAAUACUUAUCUUAUCAAGGAUAGAUUUGGAUUAUACUGACCAGACUUUUCAUAAACUAUCAUGGUUUAUCAAUAUUCAAAAAUAUUGACAAUUUUGUUCAUUAUGUAUAAAGAACGCAUUUAUUUACAAAAUAAAUAUAUUGUAUCAAGUUUGAAUUGUCUAAAUAAAGCAACGGCAAAUGUGCAAAAAUAAA